AUGUCGCUGUGGAAGGGGGCGAUUGAUCGAUUGCUACGGCAGAGGCAGCAGGCGGCGGUACCUCGGCCGAUCCAUCGGCGACAUCAUGUACCCCGGUACCACAAUCUUGCACAUAUUCGAUUGUAUCAGGACUACUUCGCUCCGCAGCCGCGUUUCGGGGAUGCCAUAUUCCGGCGACGUUUUAGGAUGCAUCAUCCGCUGUUUAUGCAUAUCGUGGGUGCUUUAGAGAGAAGAUACGAGUAUUUCGGACAGGGAGGAUGCGCCUGGCAAACCCGGACACACGCCCUUACUGAAGUCCACUGCCGCAAUCAGGCAAUUGGCGUACGGAGGCCUCGGCCGACAUGUUCGACGAGUACCUCCACAUUGGGCGAGUCGUCAGCCAUCGAGUGUCUGCAGAACUUUUGCGCGGGCAUUAGAGCGAUAUUCGAGGAUUGCUAUCUUCGGAGUCCGAGCCCGAAGACUGGCCAGCGGCUGAUAAAUAUGCACGGCUCGGUGCACGGGUUCCCUGGGAUGUUGGGCAGCAAAGAUUGUAUGCAUUUGGAGUGGAAGAACUGCUCCGCCACCUGGAAGGGAUGCACACUUCCGGCUUCAAAGCCAAGCAUCACACGAUGA